AUGAGAUCAUAUCGGUCAAGUGACACGAAAGCCAUUCACUGUUGACGCAUUCGCACCGUGCCCGCUGUCAGAUCAUCUGCAAUAAAAACAUAAAGCCAUGUCUCGAAGUUGUGCAUUCGUAUUGGCCCUCUGCGGAUUCGCUGCCAUCACAACGUUACCUGUCUCCAAAGCACAAGCUCUGUCUUCUCAAUAUGAUACGUCAGCAGCGGCGGCGGAAAGUCAAAGCGGCUGGGAUGCACUUGGUGGAUUAUACGCUCUACUAGCACAGCACGACGCUCUCGGCGGACAUGCUCUGGCUCGCAAAUCAGUGCGGUCGCCUUCACGACGUCUCCGAUUUGGCAGACGGUCGGACCCGGAUAUGCCGCCCCAGGCACCUCUUGACGAAAUGGACGAGCUGUUGUCUCUCCGCGAUGUACGCACGCCAGUACGCCUCCGCUUCGGCCGCCGCUCCGACGAGCGCGCUGUACCCCACAUCUUCCCGCAAGAGGAACAAGACCGCGACGUCCGUGCUCCAUCAAUGCGUCUGCGAUUUGGCCGCCGAUCAGACAACAAUAUGUUUCUAAUGCCCUAUGAACCGGCUGUGCCCAAGGAGGUAAAAGCCAACGGGUCGGCGGAGGACGACAGACAACAGUACUAAACUACCUUCGUCGAACAUAUCCACACGUUACUAAUAAAUUAACUCUAACAUAUUCCGCUCCCCGAAACAAAUCCCAACACCUACUAUUAAGUGCGCAUUGCGUUUUACGUGUCAAAUAAAAAUUAAAAUAUUAUAUAAAAUUUUAAAUGUUAUUUCCAAUAAGUAAGCUAUGUGUACAUAUAUAAUAAUCAGAUAGCAUUUAUUGUAUGUCGUUGAAAGUUUACUCAUGGUUUCUAUUCAGUCGCUAGAGUUAAACAACGUCUCAAUUGUAACUCUUAAACCAACCGUUUGAUUCUUAAAAGUUAACUGUGAUCGUUCUAUAACUAAUGUCAUUUUACCCACCUCUUAUCUGGUUCUAAUCAGACUAUUUAUAUUAUAGGUACCGAUGAUAUUCUAGUCAAUAUUAUAAUUAAGACUGUUUCGAAUUUUUUGUUGAUCUCUUACUCAUAAUACCUACAUUAUAUCUUUACCAUUUAGAUAGCUCAGCGAAGAGUUGUACAUUUUAUGAGCUGGGCAAAUGUAAAACUACUUCGCUUCUAUACAACUAAGUUUAAAAAUAUUGCUAUUAUGGAAAACAGUAUUUGAAAUGUUGUAAUUCAAUGUAAAUCAUGGCGUAAAUAUUUAUUUACACUAAGUGUAGUGAAACUAUGUUUAAUUUUGUAUAGAUAUUAUAUAGAGCAAUUGAUGAGUUGAAAUAUAAAACACUGAGAAUUGA